UCACUCUAGGGCCCUCUCACUCACGACCCACCAGGGCUGGAGAACCAUCAUCUGCUGGGAGAACACUGCACCUGCAGUGCCCUUGCACGCCUCCGACACUCGCUCCGGGGCAUAGUCAGGUUUAGACGAAGGAAACGAGCGAGGUUGACCACCAUAACAUAGGAUCGUGUCCCUCGCCUGACAUCGAUACUCUCAUCAACCUCGGCAAUUAGACUGCCUACCGUCAUCGUCACGUCAUCAACCAUCCCUCAUCCGCACCUGCCCACCAUGGAGGCAGCAGCACCAGUCAGCCACACAUCAUACCCAUUCCCGCCCGACCGUGCAGGUACCCAAACGCCCGAGGAGCUCUCCGAGGUUCCCGAACGCGUCCUGCUCAUUCUCGGCGCGCAGGAAGCACCGCUCGGUCCGCCAACUAACGGCGGCGUACCCGCCUCUGCGGCCCUCCGUGCGUCUAUCGAGCGCGUCCUGCGGCACGCCCGCGCCCCGAGCGCAGACCCGGCACCGCGGAUCAUCCACAUACGGCACUGCGGCGAGCCCGGGGAUGCGGACGCGCCCGGCGCGGACGGGUGGGCGUUUGUGCCCGCCCUGGCGCCUCUCGCGGAGGAGUACGUGGUCGACAAGCGCGCGCCGAGCGCGUUCGCGGGCACGCAGCUCGCGCGGCUCGUGCCCCGCCAGGCGGAGAUCAUCGUUGUCGGCGUCCAGACGGACUUUUGCGUGCGCGCGACGUGCGCUGCUGCGUUGGCGCGCGGGAACGAGGUGUUCCUGAUCCGCGGUGCGCACGGGACGUACGAUCGGAGGGAGUACGCGUGUGUCGAGAACAGCGGCAAGAUUGGGCGGUUGGGGGCGAGGGUUACGCCUGCGGAGAUGGUGGUGAGAGAGGUGGAGGAGGAGCUGGAGGAUAAGGGCGCGGUUGUGCUCGAGAUGUGGGACGUGCCUGCGCUAUUUGCGGACCGCGACCGGUAGACUGAAGGUCCAGCGGUAUCCCACCCCUCGCCCGCUUCUCGCCUUACGGCGCAUGCAUAUGCGGCUCGUGCCAGUGUAUGUGCAUGCCCCCACGCGUGCUGCUUCGCUAGCAACAGUACAUAGAGGUUUGCGUUCUUCGGAACGGACUGGACUCACUCACAUGACUCCCUGACACUCAUUUAUCUCAUAGACCCAGGACGCUCUUACUCUUACGCAGUACCUUACUGUAGAUGUGUUGUAUACCGUUCUCACCGUCUCGUCUCGUUUCCGAGUCUCCACGCUCUCUCGCUCUCGCUCUUCCUAUUUCUUUUAUGCUCCUUCUCGAUCUCGCGCAGCUACAGUAUGUCGUAGCAGUCACGGACACACUCCUUUGCUUGUAUGUACAUAGCAUCUAGCACCUAGUAUCGACUGGGGCUGCGGACCAUCUGCGGACUACCUACUUAUAGCUAGCUAUGGCCAUGUACGUACGUGCUCUCGAGGACGUUUGCUCGCGAUUGCAAUUCGGACACCCGUUUCAUGAUUUGGCUUGUUGGUCGAUGCUGGACCAUAUCGCCGCAACGGCCUUGGUUCACCCCGACACUAGUGCACUUUCCCUCCCAGGCGCAUAAUGUUACUCCAAUAACUUAA